ACCCAAAAUACAAGUAUUAUGAAAGCGAAAUGUAUUAACCAUGACUUUUUUUUUUUUAGGAGGAGGCAGAUCCAAAAUGUGGUUGCUUUUAACAGUGGCAAGUUUGAUAUCCAUAUUUGGAACUACACAUGGUCUCUUUGGAAAAUCAACACCGCUAAGCCCUGAAGUGACUAUGAAUAUUAGUCAGAUGAUUACCUUCUGGGGAUACCCAAAUGAAGAAUAUGAUGUUGUGACUGAAGAUGGUUAUAUCCUUGAGAUCAACAGAAUUCCUCAUGGAAAGACAAAUUCAGGGAAUGGAGGCCAAAGGCCUGUAGUAUUUUUGCAGCAUGGUUUGCUUGCAUCGGCCACGAACUGGAUUGCCAAUCUGCCCAACAACAGCCUGGCCUUUAUUCUGGCGGAUGCUGGUUAUGACGUGUGGCUGGGGAACAGCAGAGGAAAUACCUGGGCCAGGAGAAAUAUAUACUAUUCACCAGACUCAGUUGAAUUCUGGGCUUUCAGUUUUGAUGAAAUGGCUAAAUAUGACCUUCCAGCCACAAUCGACUUCAUUGUGAAGAAAACUGGCCAGGAGAAGCUGCAUUAUGUUGGCCAUUCCCAGGGGACCACCAUUGGUUUUAUUGCCUUUUCUACCAAUCCCGAGUUGGCUGAAAGAAUCACAACCUUUUAUGCUUUAGCUCCAGUUGCCACUGUGAAGUAUACCAAAAGCCUUUUAAACAAACUGGCACUUAUUCCGACAUUUCUUUUCAAGGUUAUUUUUGGUGACAAAGUAUUUUUCCCACACGACUAUUUUGAUCAAUUUCUUGCUACUGAAGUAUGCACCCGUGAGACAUUCAAGGACAUCUGCAGCAAUGCCUUAUUUCUCAUUUGCGGAUUCGACAUUAAGAACUUGAACACAAGUCGCUUGGAUGUGUAUCUAUCACAUAAUCCAGCAGGAACUUCUGUUCAAAACAUGCUCCACUGGACCCAGGCUAUUAAGUCUGGGAAAUUCCAAGCUUUUAACUGGGGAAGCCCCACUCAGAACAUAAUACACUAUAAUCAGCCCACACCUCCCUACUACGAAGUGUCAGACAUGCAUGUGCCAAUUGCUGUGUGGAACGGUGGAAACGACUGGCUGGCAGACCCUCGAGAUGUUGGCAUGUUGCUUCCACAGCUCCCUAAUCUCAUUUACCACAAGGAGAUUCCUCCUUACAACCACUUAGACUUUAUCUGGGCAAUGAAUGCCCCUCAAGAAGUUUACAAUGAAAUUGUUUCUAUGAUAGCAGAAAAUACUAAGUAG